AACCAAAAGGCAGAGGCAACUGGCGUAGCCACAUAACACGAAAGUGGGAAAGGAUAUGGCAUUGGCUCUGUCUUUCAAACCUCUGCCACUGCCACUGCCAUCACCAUCACCACUCCCUUCACGGCGGUUCUCCUGCUCCUGCUCCGCCGUCACUCAGCCGGAUUCUUCUUCUACUUCAUUAUCAUCUUCUCCGGUCACUUACCGUCCUGCAGUCAUUCUGCCUGGGUUAGGGAAUAAUACAGGCGAUUAUCAGAAAUUAACUUUGACUUUACAAGGAUAUGGUGUUUCAACUGUGGUUGCAAAAGUUUCAAGAAUUGACUGGCUGAGAAAUGCUGCCGGUUUGGUUGACCCGAAUUACUGGCGAGGCACCCUCCAACCUCGUCCUGUUCUUGAUUGGUAUUUAAACCGGGUUGAUGAGGCUGUCAAUGAAGCUUUGAAACAAUCUCAAGGUGGUCCGUUGUCUAUAAUCGGACACUCCGCAGGAGGAUGGUUGGCUCGGGUAUAUAUGGAAGAGUUCACCGAAGCAAAUAAAAAUAUUUCCUUGCUUCUCACACUGGGAUCUCCUCUCCAGCCACCGCCAAAAGGGGUGUCUGGCGUUGUUGAUCAAACAAGGGGUCUGUUGGAUUACGUUGAGAAAAACUGCAAGAAAGCUGUUUAUAGUCCAGAACUACGAUACGUAUGUAUCGCAGGCAGGUACAUCUAUGGCAGUCGUUUAUUUGGUAACUCGGAUCCUGCAACAAGUAUUCCAGUUUCCAUUGAGCAAUCUGUUCCUGAUGCUAGUAUUACAAGUGAGUCAGGCACUUUGAUCUCAACUGGUGCUACAUUUCGCACCCGCUUCGUUGGUCAGGGAUACAAACAGGCAAUGCCUUUCCCAACUUUUUUAUAGGUGUGUGGGCAGGCAGAUGUAUGGGGGGAUGGAGUUGUCCCAGAAGUUUCGGCUCAUCUUGAGGGAGCUUUAAACAUUAGUUUCGAUGGGGUGUAUCAUUCACCGGUUGGUUCAGAUGAUGAAUCAAGACCAUGGUAUGGCUCACCUGCCAUAGUUGAGCAAUGGGUACACCACCUUCUUAACUAGCUACUUGUGUACAUAGCGUGCAUAUAUUUUUUUUAUAGAAAAUUGGCUAUUUGUAUAACCUUCAUCAUUGACUACAAAUUUUUGUUUUCAUCUAAUAAAAUUCACCAAGUUUUCUGAA